AUGGCAAGCCCACUAGUCUUCGUCACGGGAGGAACCGGUUUUGUAGGAUCAGCCAUAGUGCGAGCACUGCUUGGAAAACACCCAACAUGGAAGCUAAGUGUCCUGGAUAUGUCGAUCGAUAAGGGUAUGUGCCAGGAAAGAGGCAUUGCUCAUCCCAACGUCGAGUUUGUGGCAAUCAACAUACUGGAUAUACCUUCUUUGAAUGAAGCCUUCCAGCAUCGGCGACCUGAAGCCGUCAUCCAUGUUGCUGGAUUUGUUCCACCUUUGGAAGAUCGCUAUCGAAGGCGUCUAUGGAAGCAAGCCUAUCGUAUCAAUGUGGAUGGCACUCGAAAUGUUCUGGAUGCAGCCAAAAAAGUAGGCGUCAAGGCGUUCGUUUACACUUCGACUUGCUGUGUGGUGAUUGAUGAUUACACUCAGAGCUAUGCUAAUAUUGAUGAAAGGUGGCCCGUGGUCGAGCAAGGCACGGCCAGCAUUUACGGUGAGACCAAGGCUGUUGCAGAAUCCCUUGUCCUGCAGGCUAAUGGGUCGGUCUGUGAGGAGACCAAAUCUACUUUGCUGACAUGCUCAAUCCGACCAGCUACAACCUUCGGUGAGGGAGACCACCAAUUGCUUCCGAGCAUUGUGAGCUGCAUCAUUGACAAGAACGAAAGUGUCUUCCAAGUAGGUGAUGGGCUGAAUUUAUGGGAUACGGUCUAUGUUGGCAACAGUGCAGAUGCUCAUGUUCUCGCCUUGGAGAACCUACUCUCUGAUGACCCAAGUGCUGCCGGUGAAGCAUUCUUCAUACAGAAUAACGAACCAACCUCGUUCCGUGAAUUCUGUCUUGCGGUCUGGAAGCAGUACAACGGCCAUGUACCGUCCUUUACUGUGCCAGUGCCUGCUGGUCUUGCUUGGGUCUUAGGCGCAGUCAUGGAAGCCUUGACAUGGUUCACUCACACACCUGCCACUCUUUCGAGAGGAAGUGUCAACGAUGCCACAGCAAUCCGCUACGCAAGUGGUGAGAAAGCACGACGUAUCCUUGGUUAUGAACCUCGUUUCAGUACAGAAGAAGGACUGAAACGAACCUGUACUGAGUAUAGGCAGAGAAGAGAGAAAUCAGGGUCACAUCCAAAGUCGAAUACCGAAAUGCUGAUUCAGCAGUUGAAGGCCAGCCUGAACUGA